AUAGUGGGAUUGAAAAUGUGGAAGUUAUUGGAAAGCAAGAUGCUGAGGUAAAUAUCAAUGUUGACAAGAUACUGCAAAAGCUUGAGAGGCCAAUGAAGGAAAUUUAUGAGAUUCCUUCUUUUAAGCUUUGGAGUCAAACAUCUUCAUUGGGAGAUGAUGAAGCCGAAAAGGAGAAAGGGGAUUGUCUUGAGAAGCAGACUGAAGUUGAAGAUCCAAAGAAAUAAGAAAAAGUGAAAAGCAUUGAAAAGUGUAGUGAGGAUCAAUUUAAAAGUCCUGGAGUUCAAAUCUCUGAAGAUGUGAUAGUUCAUUACAGGUUUGAUAAGGUCAAUGCAGUUGAGAAUGUCGCCAUUAUUGAUCCUAUGAAAUGGAACUCUGAUUCUGAUUGGAUCAUUGAAAAACCAUCAUUCAAGAGCAGAAUCAUAAUGAACAAUGCAAAGUAUUGGAAGGACAUGUCUAGGCGACAGAAAGACAUUGCUGAUUUUUGCUUUCAUGAGCAUCGACCUAUGAACACGAGCAACGUAUUCAAACAUGAUCUUCACUGUUGGAGGUUUGUUGUGGACUUCAAUGGCAUUAGGUCAUUGAAUGAGGGUGUAUUCAUUGACACUAUUGUCAUUGAUGCUUGGGCUUUGAUCUUGAACAAGUCUGUUCAGUAUCAUAAUGCACAGAAUUCAUAUUUGACUCGAAAAUUCUAUUUCAACACUCAACAUUCAUCUUACCUUCAAGGUAUGUUGCGUGCCACUGAUCCUGCCGUUAUUGAUAGAAUGGGAUACAAUGCAAGAAGUUGUUGGCAUUUUUCAAUGAAGCAAAUGCUUCAGCUUAAUGACUUGAAGAAUAUUCAAUUCUUUUUUAUCCCAAUCUGUGUCAAUAACCACUUCAUAGCGGUUGUCGUUAAUUUUGAACAUCGGAAAAUUCAGUACCUCGACAAUAUUCUUGGCAAUUGUGAAGAAGAUUCUGAUGUUUGGAAGCUGUUGGAUAUUGUGAAAAAUCAAUUCUCUAUAUCUCUGUUAGAUAUGGAACAUCCCAAAGCUCUGGAUAUGGAAUAUUUUCCAAUUGAAGAUGUACCUUUUGAUUGGAAAAGUGCGAAGACAAACAUCGAUUGUGGUGUCUUCCUUAUGCAUCAUAUGGAAUUCUUCAAUGGGUAUCCAUAUAUAUCUCCUAAUCUUUUACAGGGACCUCAAAGAAGAAAACUAAGGGCAGAAUAUUGUUCAAGAAUCAUUCUCUCUGAUCUGAACCAAUGCAGAGAUGAGAUUCUUAGUGAGAUUUUCAAAUUUGCAAAAAGGAAAAAGUGAUUAUGAAACUUGGAGUUCUGAAACUUGGGAGUCUGAAUAUUGUUUUUUGUGUUUUGGUAAAUAUUAAUCUGUACAACUUGGGAGUCUGAAUAUGAAUCUGUAGAGUCUGAUGUGAGUAUGGAUUCGUAGUAUUGAUUUUAUGCGAUUAGGUAUCAUUUUGCAUAUUUAUCUGCAGAAUUUGGUGUUCUUA